ACAACAGUCGCGUCGUCUCAGAUGAUUCAAUCAAGGAGUUAUGUCACUUCAAGAAUGGAUGCGAUAAGGGAUGCUGAUGAGCGUCCAAAGGAUGAGCAGACACAAGAGAUACUUUAUAAAGAGCUGAUGGAUAUGGGAGAUUAUGAUACGAUCAUACAACGAUUUGAAUCAUUGGCAUAUGCAUCGAAUGAGGAGUGCGUUAGAUAUUACUUCCAGGCAUUGGUCUACUCAAAGAAGAUGAAUAGAGCAAACUUGUCAUUGGUGGAUAAGCAGGCUGGCACAUUCGCCAUCCACUUUGGUCCAUCAGACGACAUGGUCCAGCGUAUAAGUCAGCAGCCAGUGGUACCACUGAUCAAGAUCGAAGGACUAGGUGGCAAGCCAUCAAUGUUUGACCGAAUGAUCAAUCUGUUGAUGCUGUCAACACUGGGCGUAUUGAUCUAUUAUAUGAUCUCGGAUACUGCACCGGGCACGACCGAGUCAUCAGUCGCCAAGGAGCACACUGAAGCAUCAAACGCAACAACAUUUGGUGACGUAAAGGGCAUUGACGAUGUAAAGAACGAGUUGAUCGAGAUUGUCGACUACCUCAAGAACCCAGAAAAGUACGACAAGAUUGGAGCCAAACUUCCAAAGGGUAUCCUUAUGUCUGGCGAGCCUGGCACAGGCAAGACCCUUCUCGCACGUGCCAUUGCUGGCGAGGCUGGCGUACCAUUCCUCUACACAACCGGAUCCAGCUUCGAUGAGAAGUUUGUCGGAGUUGGUGCAAAGCGUGUCCGUGACCUAUUCGAGCUUGCCAAGGCGAAGGAACCAUGUAUUAUCUUUAUCGAUGAGAUUGAUGCCGUGGGCAAGUCCAGGAAUCAGACAAACUACAGCGACACUCUGUUACAACUCCUUUCAGAGAUGGAUGGAUUUGCACAGAACAGUAGGAUUAUGAUCAUUGGAGCCACAAACUGUCCGGAAACACUGGACCCAGCCUUGACCAGGCCAGGAAGAUUCGAUCGAAUCAUAGCUGUACCAAUACCCGAUUUCAAAGGAAGGAAAGAUAUUCUUGAGUACUACCUUUCAAAGGUCAUUCACAACAAGGCAGAGAUCAACUCUGAUAAGAUUGCCAGAGCUACACCUGGAUUCACAGGUGCUGAUCUAUCAAACUUGAUAAACACUGCAGCCAUCAAGGCUGUGUUGCAUGGACAGGAGGAGGUGUCACUCAAGCUGAUCGACGAAGCCAGAGACGACAUUUUGAUGGGCCGAGCCAGGAAGACAUCAAUAAUGAGUGAGACCACAAGGAAGAACACAGCAUACCAUGAGGCCGGCCACGCCUUGGUAGCUGCAAUGACUGACAGUGCCGAUCCAAUUCACAAGGCCACCAUUAUUCAACGUGGCCAUGCGCUGGGAAUGGUGAGCCAGUUGCCCGAAACCGAUCAUCUGCAGUACACUCGCAAGCAAAUGAUGGCACGACUGGCUAUAUGUCUGGCGGGCAGAGCUGCCGAAGAGAUCUUCUUUGGCCACGACAAUGUAACCAGUGGCGCCAGCUCCGACUUCCAGCAGGCGUCCAAUCUAGCCUUCUCCAUGAUCACCAAAUGGGGAAUGUCCGACAAGUUGGGCUACACCUAUCAUCAAGAGAAAAUGUCACCCGAAGUCAUGAACAUUGUAGAUAAUGAAGUUAAGAGUCUUUUGGAUAAACAAUACAAGUAUGCAAAGAAUCUUAUUAUGAGUAACAGAGAUAAGAUGGACUCUUUGGUGAAGGAGUUGUUGGACAAGGAGACAUUGACUGGAGAGGAGAUACUUGAUAUCUUGGGUGUAGAGGGCAAGCCAUCUUCAUUGAUC